CUCAGUUCUCACUCACAGCAAAAAGACAAUUCCAAACAACCAAAAUCUUCAGUUCAUUUCCACUAUCAAAAUCUUCUGUUUCUUCAUCUUCUUCAGUAUCAUCAAUCAUGGUUAAAGCAGCAGCUCAAGAGGUAAUGAUAAUCUUUCAUAAACCACUUCUAAACUCAUUCUUAUUCUUAAUCAUCUUCAUUUUUCCUUGUAUUGUCUCUGCUUUAUCACCUGAUGGUAUAACUUUACUCUCGCUAUCUCAAAACUGGAUUUCAUCAACAUCAUUAUCAUCUUCAUAUAAUUCUAAUUGGAACUCUACAGAUUCAACACCAUGUAAGUGGAAUGGUAUUGAAUGUAACCAUAGGUACGAAAUAAUUACAUUAAAUUUAACUAGUUUUGGUAUUACUGGGCAAUUAGGUCAUGAAAUUGGAAAAUUAAGAUCUAUUGAAACCAUUGAUUUGAGUUAUAAUGAUUUCUAUGGGGAGAUUCCAAGUGAAUUAGGUACUUGUAGUGAACUUACUUACUUAGAUCUGUCUUAUAAUAGUUUGAAUGGAAGUUUGCCUGAUAGUUUGAAGAAUUUGAGGAAGUUGUAUUAUUUGGCAGUUUAUGAUAAUUUGUUGAGUGGGGAAAUACCAGAAUCUUUGUUUAUGAUGGCAAACUUGGAAAUUGUUCUUUUGUCAUCGAAUCAGUUCAUAGGAUCUAUCUCAAAGAAUAUAGGUAACAUGACAAAUCUUAGUUCGUUGUGGUUGAAUUCCAAUAAAUUGUCUGGGAGUGUACCUUACUCAGUUGGUAAUUGCACUAAAUUGACUGAGAUAUAUUUGAAGGAUAACAAUUUCACUGGUGUUCUGCCGAAAAGUUUGAGUAAUCUAAAGUUGCUGAAUGUGUUUGAUGUGGGUUCUAACAGUCUAGAAGGUGGAAUUUCUGAAGGUUUUGGUGGUAGUAAUUGCAAGACAUUAAGCACAUUGGAUUUGUCUUCUAACCGUUUUGAUGGUGAGAUUCCUAAUCAGUUGGGAAAUUGUACUAGUUUGCAAGUUUUUUCAGUGGCAGAUAAUAAAUUAACUGGUGGAAUCCCGUCAUCGAUUGGUUUAAUGACUGAACUCACUGAGCUUUAUCUUUCUGUUAAUAAUUUAUCUGGGAAAAUACCAACUGAGAUAGGAAAAUGUAGGUCCUUGACAGUGUUUGAAGCUAGUUAUAACCAGCUUGAAGGGGAAAUUCCUAGUGAGUUGGGGCUUUGUAGCAAAUUACAGACACUUUUUUUGUAUGUGAAUAUGUUAACUGGAGAGAUCCCAUUGAGUAUUUGGAGGAUUCAAACUCUAGAGAAUGUAAUUGUUUAUAGUAACAGCCUUUCUGGUGAAUUACCUGUAGUGAUGACUGAGCUUCUUCAUUUGAAAAAUAUCUCUCUUUUUAAUAACCAUUUUUCCGGCAUCAUACCAGAAAAGUUGGGGAUAAACAGUUCUUUGCUGGAACUUGAUUUCAUAAAUAACAGCUUCUCUGGUGAAAUCCCACCGAAUCUGUGCUUCAGAAGGCAAUUGCAAAUUCUGAAUUUGGGACUGAAUCAGCUGCAUGGUUACAUACCUUCUGAUGUCGGUAGCUGUUCAACUUUGGACAGGUUGAAUCUUAAACAAAAUAAUCUCACCGGACUCCUUCCGGAUUUUGUAGAAAAUUCAAGCUUGUCUUUCAUGGAUAUCAGAGGAAAUAAUUUUAGUGGAAAACUUCCUUCAAGUUUGGGUAAUCUUAUUAAGCUGCAAGUUUUAGACCUAUCUGGUAACAAUUUGCAAGGUUCGUUGCCUCAACAAAUCUCGAAGUGUACCAAAUUGUAUUAUCUUGAUGUGGGUUUCAACAAAUUGAGUGGUCCGAUACCAUCUGGUUUAAGGAGCUUGACACUAUUAUCUAACUUGAAACUUCAGGAAAACCAGUUGAAUGGAGAAAUUCCUGAUUUCUUUCCAGAGUUUGAACAUCUUUUGGAGUUACAACUGGGUGGAAAUUUGUUCGGAGGUUCCAUCCCUCGAUCAUUUGGCAGGUUGCAUGACUCGGUAUAUGCUUUGAAUUUGUGUCGCAAUGCACUUACAGGAAAAAUUCCUGUAGAGUUGGGGAAGUUGCGCAAACUCCAGAAACUGGAUAUAUCUGUCAACAAUAUGACAGGAAGUGUGGCACCAAUAGGUGAGCUCCUCUCAUUAAUCGAAUUGAAUGUUUCGUAUAAUUCUUUCAGUGGCCAGAUAUCACAGACGCUGAUGAAGUUCUUAAAUUCUUCUCCGACUUCGUUUUUGGGAAAUCCAGGCCUUUGUGUUCCUUGUCCACUGGGAUCCGGCGUAGCUUGUACUGAGAGUAACAACAGUUUGGGUAUCUGUGAUGAUCGAUCAAGAAGCCGCAACAAUCUUAGCAAGGUCAGGAUUGUAAUCAUUGCUAUUAGCUCUGUAUUUGUCGUUAUAGUGGUGGUUCUUGUUUUGGGUUGUAUGUUUCUUUCCAAAAGAAAACAAGAAAUGAAGGAUGAAGUUUCUGAUGAAGAUGAUCAAUCACCUCUAAUAAGCAAAAUUAUGAAAGCUACAGAGAAUUUGAGUGAGAGAUUUGUUAUAGGAAGAGGAGCACAUGGAAUUGUUUACAAGGCAUCCAUCAGUGAGGAGAAUCACUAUGCAGUGAAGAAGCUUGAUUUUGUAGGCCUUAAGGGAGCAAGUGCAAGUAUGAUUCGAGAAAUUGAAACUGUUGGACAAAUAAGACACCGGAAUUUGGUAAGGUUGGAAGAAAUCUGCAUGAGAAAGGACUAUGGGCUGAUCUUGUACAGGUACAUGCAGAAUGGUAGUCUAUAUGAUGUUUUGCAUGAGAUUAGCCCGACACCCGACAUCACAUGGGAUGUUCGCUAUAAGAUAGCUCUAGGAACCGCUGAAGGAUUGUGUUAUCUUCACCAGGACUGUCAUCCUGCUAUUGUGCAUCGAGACAUCAAGCCUAACAACAUACUUUUAGACUCAGAAAUGGAAGCCCAUAUCUCUGACUUCGGCAUUGCAAAACUCAUGGAUCAAUCUUCCGCUUCCAUUCAAUCAAUCUCAAUUGCGGGUACCACUGGAUACAUUGCACCAGAGAGUGCAUAUACAAUGAUAAGGAAACCAGAAUCAGAUGUUUACAGUUAUGGUGUAGUUCUACUUGAAUUAAUAUCUAGAAAGAAGGCUUUAGAUGCAUCGUUUCCAGAAGGAAUUGAUAUCGUGAGGUGGGUGAACUCUACAUGGAGUAGUCAGAAAUCCAUUGAUAUCAUUGUUGAUUCAAGCCUCUUGGAUGAAAUUAUGGUUUCCUCACUAACGGAAGAAGUUACUAAAGUACUCUUGUUGGCUUUACAAUGUACACGAACUGACCCGAAUGAGAGACCUACAAUGAGAGAAGUAGUGAAGCAGCUAGAAGAUGCAAAUACCAGGUGGGAAACAAAAUGAAAGAAGCGGGACAUCCAUUGGUUAUGAAUUAUUGAGUUCAACUUGGAGGGAGUAUUUGCGGAUCCUAUGUUCCGGGGGUGGAGUAUUCGCGGAUCCUAUGUUCCGGGGAGUUGUUUGCACGUCUCUUCGUUCAGAAAUCACGAAGAAAAGACCUAAUCUGCUUUGAUCUGACACUUUACUCAAUGUCGCACAAGUGGUAAACAAAGGCUUAUUCCAAUUUUCAGGUCUUGUCAAUCAGUUCUCUCCUCAGUAUAAUUGUGGCAAUUGUUGUGCCAGCUACAUGCUUCUUUAAAUUGAUGAGGAAGCAAGCUACCCAGAGCCAGCAUGAGGUUUGAAUCAUCAACUGCAUCUUACGGCGAUCAUGUGAAAAGAAAUGCUUUCUCAUUUUCGUCUGAUGCUAGCGGCGGUAGUAGUUCUCGUAGAUUUGUCGGAGUAAGAUAGAGAGACCGUAUGGGAGAUGGGUGGCUGAGAUCGAAGGCUUCUUUCAGAAGGUUAGGUACAUUUGACACAGUAGAGGAUGGAAUGUGUGCCUAUGGUGAUGCAAACGCUCGCACCAACUUUGAGUUGCCGAUGGAUAAACUCAUCUACUGCCUCUUGUCGCUCUUCCGUCAAAAGUAAUACAGCUAUGCAGAAAUAUGACACCAUUCUCCUUUGAGGAUGGUAUUAGUACUAAAAGCUACUUCAGGAUGUGAAGUGAUUGACGGUGCAGGUAUCACGGGUCAUCUGGGGAAGUAUAGUUAUUUUGCUUGACCCAUGCUGUAGCUGUGUAUAUUUUAAUGGGAUCUUAUUGCAAAGUCUUUACAAAUUUCUGCAAAAGUGUAACCCGGCAGUACAGUGGUUCUGUGAAUCAAACUUCACCCAUCUGCACUUCAGCCUUAUAAGUUUGCACAAAUGCAAACAACUCUUCAAUUCUUCAGCGGAAGUCUUUAAAGCCUUCUUUCA